GUUCCGUGCGCCGAUUUUAAAAGAGAGGAAGCAUCUUAGCAAUGGCGCCGGUGGCUGUGCUUGUGCCGUGGCUAGCAUGGCUCGUCGCCUCUUUCCUCUCCGUCUAUCUCCUCAACCUCCUAGCACGGGCGCGCUCCGGCCUCCCUCCGGGCCCCCGCCCGCUGCCGCUCAUCGGCAGCCUCCACCUUCUCGGCGACAAGCCGCACCGCUCCCUUGCCCGUCUGGCCAAGGCCCACGGCCCGCUCAUGUCCCUGCGCCUCGGCGCGGUCACCACGGUGGUCGUUUCCUCCCCCGCCAUGGCCCGGGUGUUCCUGCAGCGCCACGACUCCGCGUUCGCCGCCCGGUCCGUGCCCGACGCCACCGGCGAGCACGCGGCGGGCUCCGUGGCCUGGCUGCCCCCUGCGCCGCGGUGGCGCGCGCUGCGCAAGAUGAUGGCCACGGAGCUGUUCGCCCCGCACCGGCUCGACGCGCUGCGCCACCUGCGGAGCGAAAAGGUGCGGGAUCUCGUGGACCAUGUCGCGCGGCUGGCGCGCGAGGGCGCGCCCGUGAACGUCGGCCGCGUGGCCUUCACGACGAGCCUGAACCUCCUCUCCCGCACCAUCUUCUCCGCCGACCUGACGAGCCUCGACGACCGCGGCCGCUCGGAGGAGUUCCAGCAGGUGGUGACGGCCAUCAUGCAGGCCCUGGGGAGCCCCAACGUGUCGGACUUCUUCCCGCUGCUCGCGCCGGCCGACUUGCAGGGCACGCGCCGGCGGCUGGCGCGGCUGUUCGCGCGGCUGCACGCGGUGUUCGACGCCGAGGUGGACGGGAGGCUGCGCGGCCGCGACGCCGGCCAGCCGAGGAAGAACGACUUCCUCGACGCGCUGCUCGACGUGGCGGCGCGUGAGGACGGCAAGGACCUGCUGGACCGCCAGACGCUACGAUCACUUUUCACGGAUUUGUUCUCUGCUGGUAGUGACACAAGCUCUAGCACAGUGGAAUGGGCAAUGACGGAGCUUCUCCAAAACCCAGCAUCAAUGUCUAGCGCUUGCAACGAGCUUGCAGAAGUUAUUGGCUCCAAAAGAAACAUUGAAGAAGACGAUAUUGUUCGGUUGCCCUAUCUCCAAGCUGUCAUAAAAGAGACUUUUCGACUUCAUCCCCCGGGCCCGUUCUUGUUGCCACGCAAACCCGAGAGAACAUUAAAAAUAGCCGGUUACACAAUACCUAAAGAUUCACGUGUGUUCAUAAACGUAUGGGCGAUAGGUCGAGAUAAAGAUGUAUGGACUGAACCUGAAAAGUUUAUGCCAGAGAGGUUCUUGGCUUCAAUAGUUGACUUUAGGGGUGCUGAUUUUGAGCUCCUUCCAUUUGGUGCCGGACGUCGGAUCUGCCCUGGAAUGCCAUUGGCUAUUAGGAUGGUGCAUUUGGUCCUUGCUUCGUUCUUAAAUCAAUUUAAGUGGAGCUUCCCUGUUGAACUUGAAAGGGAUGGGAUUGAUAUGGAAGAAAAGUUUGGCCUAUCACUAACGAAGGUCGUGCCUCUUCGUAUUGUACCAACACCGAUUUGAAUUAGAAACAAAAUGUGUCCCAAAGUAAGACUGCUUAAUAUGUUUUAAUAUGUAAUAAUCAAAAUGUAUUACCCA